CCCUUCCCCCGCGUCCUUCAUUUUCUCACUAGCUCUAGGAACAAAACCAAAGACAGCGGACGAGGAAGCAGCCAGGCCGAGGAAAGCAGAAGUGGGGCCUUGGCUCUGAUCCUUCCUCCCGGGCAGCGCCCGGGCCCGGCCGGCUGCGGACAUGGCCCCGCGGCACCAGGCCACAUGGCUGCCCUCGGCGCUGCUGCUUCUGUGCGCCCCAGGCUGCUGGUGUCUGGACGGCCCCCGCGUGGUGACCGGCUCCGUGGGCGGGUCCCUGCGUGUGCAGUGUCGCUACCAGGACAAAUACAAGGACCAAGUCAAGUACUGGUGUAAGGCUCCCAGCUGGGUACAAUGUGAAAAGAUUGUGAAGGCCAGCAAGUCACAGAGAGCGGGGAGGAGCGGCCGCGUGUCCAUCCGGGACUAUCCCGCCAACCUGACCUUCACAGUGACCUUGGAGAGGCUCACAGUGGCUGAUGCGGGAACAUACAAGUGUGGGAUUGAUGUAUCAUUCUCAUCUGACCCCGUACGCCAGGUUGAAGUGUCUGUGUCCCCAGCAUCAAGUCCAACCCUUCGUACAACUGUCACUGCAGCCACCACGUCAAAAACCACAGCGCAGCCGGCCACCCAGACGUCCACUGCCCUGGCCAGCCACGGCACCAGCCCCAGCCAGGACGACGCCCAGAAGAAACCUCAGAGGGAAGGCAUCGCCCCGACCCCCCGCUCCGUGUCCCUCAGGUCCCCCAUCCUGCUUUCCCUGUUAGCCCUUGUGCUGCUUUUAUUGCUGGGGAUCACGCUGCUGGCCUGGAGGAUGAUUCCGAGGCAGGUCAGAGCCAGUAAGAACUCAGGGCCACACCAGAACCCCGGUCAGGGCGAGCCCCACUAUGCAAACCUGGAGCUGAAGACCCGGCCCCGUCAGAGAGCGUGCGGGCACCCCGGGCAGGCGGAAACGGAGUACAGCACAGUGGCAGCCCCCCAGGAAGAACUGCACUACACCACCGUGGUGUUCGACACCCAGACCCAGCACCCUGCGGCCGGAGGGGGGCCGUCUCCCAGGCCCGCGCUCCAGGAGCCCGAGUAUAGCGUGGUGCGGAGGACCUGA